AUGGCGGCCGAAAAUGUUGCGCCGCCGGCCCUCCCGCUGCCGCCUCCCAUACCGGCAUCCUCCCGGGCGGAUCGCGGCUCGGUGGCGGCACCCCCAGGCCCCAUGCUAAAUCCCGGCGGCCCCGGCGCCCCUCCGGUCCCGGCACUUCCUCCGCAUCAGCAGGUCGACGCGGCCCGGGACUCCACCAUCAGGCAAUUGCUAGACCAGCAAGCCGAGAUCCAAGCAAGGCUUGCCGCCCUCCUCCCCCAGCAAUAUGGCCCCAACAUCAAGGUGGAGCUCGAAAUGUUGCGCCACAAACUCCGUGUGCUGCGCGCAUACGCCGAUGACCACAAAUUAUCCGGCAACAUCCCACUUUUGUCGGAGAUAGAAGAGGCAAGAGUGUUACAGUAUCAGUGCGAGUGCAUCGAAACGGCCUGUCUUGACCAAGGCAUCAAUCUCCAGGAUCCCAGGUUCCUUGAGACCUUGAAGUCCCACUAUCAUCGUGAUCAAGCCCCUGAAGGGUAUGCUGCCUGGCUCGAUAGGAACCUCGCGCAGUAUGACCCUGUCACCCGGGCAUUCAGAUUGAGGGAUAGCUUGCCCUUGAGCUUCCGAAGCCAUCACUCCUACAAGUGCGGGGAUGACCGGUGCAUGCACUACAUCUAUGGCUACCCCCAUCGGGACGACCGGGAUCAGCACGCCAGCGAGCAUGUUAUUCCCCGCAAGAGGGAUUCGGGCCUGUCCGUCGGCGGCACCUCGCCGGUAUUGUUCGCUGACCACGCGAACCGGAGCCAUGGGGCCGAUUACCUUAAGACAACGACGACUUCGCCGCUCUACCUCCCCCGGCCAGCCGGGGCUCUGCAACUCGCUUCCGUGGCGACAGGCAGUCAGGGGAAGGAUUCCCGGGAUUCGCUGAAGAGUUACUCCUUUGCAGCUGAAUAUCCGGCCGGCCCUCGGGGCUCGGUGGACUCCGAGGUGGAUCCCCUGCUACCGCCCCUGAAGCGCAGCCGUACGGGACAGUCUCGGCUGGAAUCCAUCGGUGAACUUCUUCGGGAUAACCAAGAUCACUCGCGUUGCUUGCGUUGCAGAGUAUUGCAGAAAGCAUGCGACUCAAACGAUCCCUGUGGGCUCUGCUCCGAUCCGGCAAGCUCUGCCGACGAUGAGUUUUGGAAGGCCAUCGGCUGCCAUCGAGGCUCGCUUCCUAGCUUUGCCGAUAUCAUGCUUCCAGUCCUCGUCCGCCCCAAACAGGGCCAGACACCCCUGACGUCCCCUCUCGCCGUCCGUCGCAACAUGAACGAAUUCUUGGAGAGGUCUUUUGUGAUCGCGCCGGAGAUCGCAGGAAUGGUCAUGGCUAGUCUGGAUUUCGACGAUGGCUUCUGGUGGACCGAAGACCUUGCUAAGUUGCCGCUGCACAACCCAACCCAAGCGUCCUUUCGCAAGGAGGCCAUGGAGAGGCCGCCCCCGAUUCUCAACGUCCUCGCGGCAAGUUGGAACAUGAGCGAUGCCAUGCACAGCUUCUGGCAUCUUCUCAGGCUGAGUAGGGAGCUCUCUGCAGAUCGAGAGUUUGAGCGAUCCCAGUAUCCAGUAUUGUACUGCGCCAAGCUUUUGCUCCGAGAAACGCUCUUUUACGACCUUCAACAGCCCGAUCCGGUGAUCCGUUGCGAGCCAAGCAGUUCGAUCUCACACGUCGUUUUUGACGAUGCUGACUCGCAUGGAAGGUUCCGUCUGCUCUAUAACUGCAUGGUCCAGUUUCUUCAGUCGUUUGACGGCCACAUGGCGAGGCCCGGUCCACCCGACCCCAAAAAUUGGCUGGCUGUCUUUCUCUCCUUGUGCAUCUUCAGCGCCGUGAAGACGAUCCUGGUGGACAGGGUGACGUACGCCCGUUCCGCCUCGCCACCCCAGACAGGCGUAGCUGCGAUGCACGCCGUCUACAAAGCACUCGUUAGUGUUUUUGCAUCGUACGCGCCGAUGUCCUUCGACCCCCACGUGAUGGGUGUCGGCCAUGAUGACUACAAACUCCUCGUGGAAGUUGGAGUAUUCUUGGGCAGGAGCACGUGGGGGCAGCAUGAUAUCAAGGACUUUCUUAUGUCGCUUGGGACGGGUGAGAUGGACACUGGCUUCUAUCACGGGUUUAUCAAGCAGCGGUCGCCGACGGGACAGGGAUCCUUUGUCCUGCCGCCUAUCAGCAAGCCCGAAGAAGGGAGGAAGCCUCUGCCGGCUAUGCGGCCGCUCAUCACGACCUGGAAUCCUAGCGUCCCCAGCCAGACGGACAGAGACAUAUAUCUUUUUAGAGGAGAACCUGAGCGGAUGCUCGCGUCUCCGCAGACGAUGGAUCCUGGCCGACGACACACGGUUGCUGAGAGCCCGACGUUCGUGCGCCAGGCUGGAAAGGUACUCACAUCACCGGUUCCUACGGCCAGAAUGCGAGCCCCGUAUCAGCGCCCGCCCCUCCGGAGGGUCUAUUGCGCGAAAUGCAACGAGUAUCCGGAAGGCUUUCGAGGCGAGCAUGAGUUGAGGAGGCAUAACGACGCGAAGCAUGCCACAUUAGUUAAGAGAUGGGUUUGCAGACAGCCGUCAGACUCGCCCGGCUCGCUGCAACCCGAGAUACCGCUUUCCAAAUGCAAGGCCUGCGUCAACGAGAAGCGCUAUGGGGCGUAUUAUAACGCGGCUGCUCACCUCAGGAGAGCCCAUUUCAACCCUCACCGCGGGGGCAAGGCGAGCGGGGACUGGCCUCCUAUGACAGUCCUCAAGGAGUGGAUGCGCGAGGUGCGGCAAUCGCACGACACGCAAGACCACGACGACGGAUCCAGCGGCGAAGAUGAAGCGCACGACUACAAGGCAGCCCACGAGUAUGUUUCGCCACCCCACCGGCGCUCGCCUACCAUGGAUGUCCCGCGUCUUGCACCGGCCCCUCUUGCGCCUCCGCAAGCACACGGCCCGCCAUUGAUAGCACCUUCGCUCGACCGCGUCCAUCCGGCCGACCCGCGGCCGGUCGUCAAGCAUCCCAUCCAAAACCCCUUCGUGGCACCGGCAAUGAUUUUGAAAAGCGAUGAGCAGCCGUAUGCACUGGCCUCGUCAUCCUCCAGCGCUCGCACCCGGUGCCCCCACCCUGACUGUGGCCGCGUCUUCAAGGACCUCCAAGCGCACAUGCUGACGCACAUGGAGGAACGCCCUGAAAAAUGUCCUAUUGAGACAUGUGAGUAUCACAUCAAGGGAUUCGCUCGCAAAUACGACAAGAACAGACACGCCUUGACACACUACAAGGGUACCAUGGUGUGCCCCUUCUGCCCAGGCGUCGGAACCCCUUACGAGAAGGCUUUCAACCGUGCGGAUGUGUUCAAGCGCCACCUGACGGCGGUACAUCACGUCGAACAGACACCGCCCAACAGCAAGAAGCUGGUCCUGACCGCGGGCGCCGGGCGGACUGGAGACGGGGGAGCCAAGUGCAGCAUCUGCGAGAGCCAAUUUGCCACGGCGCAAGAGUUCUAUGAGCACCUUGACGACUGCGUACUGAAUGUCAUUGUUCCGUCGACGCCGAAGACCACCGGCAGCGGCACUGGCAGCGGCCGCACGGGCAAGAGUUCGGCCAGCAGGACACCGACGACUGCGAGUACGGAAAAAGGCAAGGAACUUGGUAUGGAUCUGGAUGCUCUAAGCUCCCGAGAAGCCGCGCAGCCGCGCACUGAGCAGCGGGAUGUCAGCGUUGAAAGGUGCGAGGCUGCGGACGCCGAACGCAUUGCGACCCAAGCGCAGAACUUCUUCGAGCAGCAGGGGCAGCAGGAGCCGAUGCCGAGCCCUCAACAGGAUCAGCAACCAGCAGCCCGACAAUCUGAGUCACCGCACCAGCCUGAGCCAUCUCUAACCUCGCCCUCAGAGACGUUCAUCACUCACGAGCACGAACAAGAGCCCCUGUCCGGCCGUAAGUCUGAGCCAGAGCCCGAACCGCAGGCCGAGAUCCAAGUCGCGGUCCCCAAUCCUCCUAGUGCGGAGUCGAUGGAAAUGGAAAGGUGCAAGAGCGCUAGUGUACCUCUGUCGCAAUACUCCGAUCAGCCGCUAUCAAGCAUCGAGGCCAACGACACAACACGCCAAAUGUUGCGCCCCGAGGUUACGCUUGGCUCGCCCGCGCCCGAUGUCAUGGACACAGACUAG